UUAUAACAAUCAGCUUUCGGGCCCCCUGGUGGCUUGUGGGGCCCUAUGCACUUACAUGGUCCGCAUAUAGCAAGAAACGGCCCUGCCCAGAGCACAGACAUGCUGUGACGUUGUUUUUAAAGAGGAAGGAAACGGUGAGGUGUUUGUUUUAGGAGCUCAGCCAUCACAGAAACAUGAUGUGGACGUUUGUCUUUUUUCUUCUUGCGACGUUUUCCCCCGCCGUUUUUGGCACUUUGGUCGGGGGUCGUACACCAGUAGACCUGAGUAAGGAUAAGGGGGCUCAGGAAGCCCUGAAGUUCGCUGUGCCUGAACUCAAUAAGAUGAGCAACAGCAUGUUCCUCUUCGCGCCGCAACAGGUGAUCAAGGCUGAGAAGCAGGUGGUUCAAGGCAUCAUGUACCACUUUACAGUGAGAAUGGUGAGGACAUCCUGCAGGAAGACCCCUGCACUUCAUCACUGUCCCGUCCCCAUCUUAGCAAAUUCUGAGACUGAGAUUUGUACAUUUAAGGUGUGGUCCCGUCCUUGGCUCAGGAACAAGUUGGACAAAAUCAAACUACUGGACCCUAAGUGCCACAAAUAAAACUGAGUGGAAAAGAUUCAGUGCUCAAUUAUGUCCUUACAUGUCAAAAUUUUCUAUGGAUAAAACAAGUAAUAUUUCACUUUCUAUUUGGCUUCAUGACCAUCUGAAAUGUUUCUGUAUUCUAAAUUGGGUAAGUUGUGAUGCAGAUGUUACUUUAAGUGGAGAGACUUCAUUUAAACAAUCAAUAAAUUGUGUCUUGAUA